GUGUGUGUGUAUGUAUGUAGAGAGAGAGAGAGAGAGAGAGAGGAAAAAGUCAGGAGGGUUUUAAACCAAACACUCUCAGACUAGAGCAGAGCAAAGAGGCUUCAAGAGACAAACCUACCGACAGGAGAAGCAACUAAACCCCCCAAAGCUCCUGAGCCAGAGAGAGAGGGAGAGAGAGAGAGAGAGAGAGGGAGGAGUGGGGGUGGGGGGAGGACAAAAAAAAAAGGGGGUCGAAGGGAGAAGAGGAAAAUGAUAAACAAGUGAUUGUGAUUGUUUUGGUUUUUGUUUCCCCGUCUCUUCCUCCGUGCGGGAAAUGUCAGCAAACGUGACGAGGACUGGCCACCAUGGCGGUGAUGUUGAUUGAGGCCGCCACUCGGAGGGCGACGACGAUGCUGAUAAAGUUAGGCAUGCCUUUCGCUAGGUUUUUCGUUCGUUUCUGCUCAAGUGCCAACGAAAAGCGCCAUGUAGUUAACGCGACAGCGCAGUCCUCCUCUUCUCUCCCUUUUAUCGUCUGUCCUUAGAAAAAAAAAGUUAACUUCAAGUAAAGCAAGAGGCGUAAAGAAAAAUCCUAACAAUAUGUUCGAAGAUAGCCGCUUGAGAGGUUGUAGGUAGAGAUUUUUUUCAGGCUAACUUUUGUUCAGUCGAAAAAAGCCUAGCUUAUAUGUAAACAUGGGAUCUGGCUGCAUCAUUUCUGUGUCAUCUUUGGACACGCACGAAUUACAGUUAGGUGUUUAAUUUGUUGGUUAGAUUCAUUGGCAUCCAUCAUUGUAAAGUAGCUUUAGUUCAACGGGUUAAAAUCUAGCCUUAAUUUGGAUUGCUUUGGUUUGUAGGUUUAGUUAAUGUGAAUUAGUAAAACAAAAUCUAAUUCCCUACACUCCCAUUAAACCAUGUGUAUAUAGGACUGUUAUCAUGACUGGACUCUGGCCUACAUUCAUUCUAAGUUUUUGCACAAGACAGUUUUAGGCUUUCUGGUCUAGCAGUUGUGGUAGAAAAAUUAAGUUAAUACUGCCAGCUUGUUUAUUCUGUUGCGCUGUUUUCUUUUUGAGAGAAAUUGCCCUUGCUAGGUUUUGUCAGUUUCUAAGAUAGAAAGAGGGUUACCACUUAUAAUUAAAAAAAUGGGAGACCCACAUUCUCGGAAGAACCAGACUUUGAAUCGACUGCGUGCUCAACUUCGAAAGAAAAAAGAAUCUCUGGCAGAUCAGUUUGACUUCAAGAUGUACAUUGCCUUUGUAUUCAAAGAUAAGAAGAAAAAGUCGGCACUAUUUGAAGUGGCUGAAGUGGUACCGGUUAUGACGAAUAACUAUGAAGAAAAUAUUCUCAAAGGAGUACGGGAGUCAAGCUACUCCUUGGAAAGUUCCAUAGAGCUGCUGCAAAAGGAUGUUGUGCAGCUUCAUGCACCUCGCUAUCAGUCCAUGCGCAGGGAUGUAAUUGGCUGUACACAGGAGAUGGACUUUAUCCUUUGGCCACGAAAUGAUAUAGAGAAGAUGGUCUGUCUCCUGUUCUCCAGGUGGAAGGGAACAGAUGAUGAGCCUUUCAGGCCUGUUCAGGCCAAGUUUGAGUUUCAUCAUGGUGAUUAUGAAAAACAGUUUCUGCAGUUACUGAGCCGGAAGGAUAAGGCAGGACUCAUCAUAAACAACCCGAGCCAGUCCAUGUUUCUGUUCAUUGAUCGUCAGCACUUGCAGACUCCAAAAACGAAGGCGGUAAUUUUCAAAUUGUGCAGUGUCUGCCUUUACCUGCCACAGGAUCAGCUCACCCGGUGGGGAGUUGGAACCAUUGAGGAUCACCUCCAUCCCUACAUGCCAGAUUAGAGCAGUAGCCAGCAGAAUAGGGAAGACAAUAGGAUCAACAACAGUGAAUUCACAUUUCAUCUUUAUUUCUGGGUUGAAGACUAUUAUCCACUCAUUGAAAGAACAGUCUGUUACCAAUAUAUUCAUCUUGAAGCUUAGGUUUUUCUUAAGUCUUGCAUCUCUCAGAACUUUAUUUUUAAAUGUUAUUGCCUGGCGCGGUCACUAUGUUCAAUAGGCUGCCUUGUGGUUAACCUGCAUUGUAUCAGUUCAUUUGGAAAAUAAGGUGAAAUUUGAAAGGAAUUUUUACACACUGAUGCAAAUAUACCUGAAAUGUACAUAGAAGUCUUCACAUUUGUGCUGGUUAUGUGCCCUGACAAUUAAGUUAGAUGUUGAGGUGUAAUGCACAUUAGGGUGAGAAGUGCAUGCAACUGGGAUUUCAGCAUCAAAAGAUACAACGUAUGGAUGGAUGUGUUGUGCAGAUGAAGGGUUUUAAAACUGAAUAGUACGAACAUUAUGUUCCUGUCAGAUAAAUUUGUAUUGGGCACAUUCUGGUCAUCAUUUUGUAAUAGUGACAAUGAGCAGCUGAAAUGAGGGAAAUUAAUCUUGAAGUACUCAUUUAAAAAAUCUCUUAAAUAAUGUAGGCCCUGUAACCUUGUUUGGGCUACAUUUGAGUUUGCUGGCAUGUUCUUUUUGGAUGUCGUUCCCCGAGUUGCUACAUAAAUGUACUAAGGAGUUUUCCUUCUAUUCUAGAGGAAAUUGAGCAGGUUAAUAAUAGGCAGACUCUGCAAAUAGCAGAACUGGAGUCUCAAGUAGCUAAAGGAGCUACAAAAUUAAAAUCCAAUGUUACUGGAAUCUUAAGAAAAUCAACCUUCCUAUAGCAGCUUAUUUAACUAAGAAAGUGAGCUUGGUACUAUAGGAUGAAAGUAGAAAGUGUAACCGUUAUCAAUGGCGCAAAAUAUGCUGGUUUGUGAUAACGCAACUGUUUAAAGUUAAUAAAACGACUAAUGGAAAGUUACCAGUACUUUGUGUACAAGAAAGGAAUAUGUACCUAAUAUUACUUUAAAAAAAAUCUUUGGAGUGUUUCGAUUGGGUUAUUAGGGGGAUUGUUUGUAAGACUUGAUUUUGAGCUCGUGCAAUUAAUGUGAGGCAGGCUGCAAAAAUUAAUCAUUCAAGAGGAAAAAGUUUUUCUGUGAAGUUGGAACAGAGCUUUUUGGGGUUAUUUAUGCAUGCCUGCCACUUCAGAUAAGAACAGCGCAAAUCAGUAGCAAAUUUGUAUUCGCCUUCUGUUGGAAUUGGAAAAAUGUCUGAAAAUUAAAUAAAUCUUUAAUCCGUA